UCCUUAUUUUCUCUAUAAUCCUCAAAUGAUGCGCAGCUUUCUUUGUAAAGCUUGUGAAGAGAGGAAUUUUGCAGAAAUUAUGUGAAUUGUUCGGAUUACAGCAGAAUUCAUCUCCUUUCUUGAAAGAAUAACUCACUCACAACUUCACUUACAAGUUUAUUCCAGUUCUAUCUGUUUACAGAAAUGAACUUUUUACAAACCUUCAUUGAUGAUGAUGGACUUAAGAGAGCAGAUGAAAUUUCACCUGCACUUUUGAAAGCAAUUGAAGAAUCAAAGAUUUCAGUAAUCAUUUUCUCAGAAGGAUAUGCUUCUUCCAAAUGGUGUUUGGAUGAACUUGUGAAGAUUCUUGAAUGCAAGGAAAAGAAUGGCCAAGUGGUCAUGCCGGUCUUUUUUCAUCUCAAUCCAUCAGAUGUGAGGAAACAAACUGGAAGCUUUAAAGAUGCUUUAGCCAAGCAUGAAAAAAAUUUCAAAAAAAUGCCAGAAAAAAUCCGGAGGUGGAGAGCUGCUUUGACUAAAGUGUCCAAUCUAUCUGGAUGGGAUUCAAUGGAAAUUAGGCUUGAGUCCAAACUUGUAGCCGAAAUUGUCAAAGAAAUAUCGAAGAAAUUAAAUGACAUAUCACCCCCAAGUGAUUGUGAAGGCUUUGAUGGAAUAGGUUCCCACAUUGAUCGUAUUGAAUCCCUUUUAAGUAUUGAAAAAUUAGAUUUUAAAAUUGUAGGGAUUUGUGGAAACGUAUUUGAGAAUCUUCCUACAAAGAAACUUUCUCAGCUGAGAUGGCUAUGGUUACGCUAUUGCAAGAAGCUUCAAUCAAUACCAGAGGUUCCACAGGCACUAGAACAUUUGGAUGCAAGCAAUAGCAGGCGACUCUAA